AUGCGAUUCGGCAAAAGAUCGCCGGAUGCGAAAUGGAUGAGGUUUGGUAAAAGGUCACCGGAGGCGAAAUGGAUGCGAUUCGGCAAACGAGGGGACUACGAAUUUGAUGGAUACGACGAUACUGAAUGA